UAUUGAGAACUACAAUGAGACAGGACGGCAGACACCACAAUGGACAAGAGUACUUUAGGGGAUGAACAGAUAAAGUACGGUGUCUUUGCGCUCGUAGACUAGCUCAUAAAUGACCUGACAGGGAGAAAAACCCUUCUAGGAUUUAGUAGAAAUACAAAGUUUAUUUUUUUCUUUCUCUCUCAGUAGACUUUGUUGCUGGAAACAGCUGGAAAAUGCUGCCUUGGAAGAAGAAUAAGUUCGACCUGAUUGAGGAAGACAAGCAGACCAAGCAGAAGGGUUAUGCGGUGAGCCUCAACUACUCUGCGCUCACCUCCUUCGCCAAGUCCUGCCCCGAGAGCGCGCUCAACAGGGUGGGCAGCAUGUUCAAGUCAAAGAGGAAAAAGGUGAAGAUCACCAGCGAGGACCCCACGUACACUGUGCUCUACCUGGGGAACGCCACCACCAUCCAGUCCAAAGGGGACGGCUGCACGGACGUGGCGGUGAGCAAGAUCUGGGGCAAGAGCGAGAUGGGCAAGAAUGGCACCAAGAUGAGGCUGACCAUCAGCUCGCAGGGGAUCCGGAUGGUGCAUUUGGACGAUAAGGCCAGGAGACCGGGGCACUUGUACUUGCUGCACCGGAUAACCUACUGCGUCGCGGACCCGAGGCUACCCAAGAUCUUCGCCUGGGUUUACAGGCACGAGAUGAAGCACAAGGCCGUGAUGCUGCGCUGCCACGCAGUGCUUGUGUCCAAGCCGGAGAAGGCAAAAGCCAUGGCGCUGCUGCUGUACCAGACCUCGGCGACAGCUCUGGCUGAGUUCAAGAGACUUAAGCGGAGGGACGACGCCAGGCACCAGCAGCAGCAGCUCAUAGGGGAGCAGACCAUCCCGUUGGUGCCCAUCAGGAAGCUGCUGAACGGACAGUGUUACUACAAACCCCCGGUGGAGCGCAGCCGGAGCGCGCCCAAACUGGGCUCCAUCACGGAGGACUUAAUCGGGGAGGAGGAGGAGGAGAAGGCGAUGCACUUUGAGUGUGAGGACAUUCUGGACACGGAUGAUUGUGUUGCAAAUGGCAAACAGGAGUUGACUCAGAUUAUUAAUGACUUGGGAGAGAUGUGUAUAGGAAACGACGUGCAGACACUGAAAUCUGACCUCAGAGUCACCAGACUUCUUUCUGGAGAGAGCACGGGGAGCGAAUCCUCCAUAGAGAGCAACCACGAGCCGCCUCCACUCACUAAUGGCUUUGAGGAGGUAAAGGUGCAGGAAAUUGCCUGAAUAAUUUCUGUUUUUUGUUGAGCCGCAAUGUCGCCACAGUUUCCUCUGUCGUCAACCUUGUGUUGGAGUGUUUGUCUAAUCUGGUGCCUCCGCGACUAAUUGAGAUGAUCCAGGAAGGAAAGAAGGUGCUGAGACAGUUACCGCACAUGGACACAGUUAGGCUGCUGAAUGUUUAAGAAUGUGCAAACAUAGAAAAAAUGGAAAAAGCAAGUGCUUGCCAAUUUGAGAGAUGACUGGUUGAACCGAUGAAAUCCCUGUGCGCCUUAGGACGCACGGCACUAAUUCCAUCUCUUUUAUUUAAGAGGAUUUGUUGUAUCCUAAAGCUUGUUUACCUAACUUUUUUUUCUGGCAUUUUUCUGUUGAAAGAUGCUCAUCAUGAUCCAAAAAACAUUCCGUUUUUAAAGCACGUUUUGUUUCUUCUCCUAAGUGGUUCAGUGGGUCUAAACAGGCAUCCUUAAUGUUCCUGUAACAGCCUGUUCAUUUACUUUAUUUUGCACUGUUGUUGUUGAAUUCAUUCAAGUAUUAUGUUGACUACAUGUACAUAAUGUCUGUUGGUAUGUUGUCUGAAACAUAAAUGUCAUAUCUUUGCUGUGCAAAAGAAAAAACACCUUUAUGUAUUAUGAUGUAAAGUAAAGAUGUUUAAAGUAUAAAUAUGUUAUUUUUUAAAGGAAAUGUGGUUUGUUAUGUGAACCUCAUAGAAUUAUCAAUAAAAAAGCAAAGUGGUUGAAA